AAGUAAAAAUCCGACAGUCAGUAUGGUGCGUCGUAAACAAUUUUGAAUAGCGUACAAUGAUUUUGUAUUGAUUGAAAGAGAAAAAUAAAAAACACAUUACACAAGUAACCCAAUUUUUAACAUAUUACUCACACAGGAAUUUCCAAACAGAUGCACGUAGAGAUCCGGCUCUUACACAACGCGCUUAUUGAUACGCUGUUGGGGUAAGACAAAAAAGGCGAAGUCGAAAUGACUGACUUGGAUAAAAAUGUAUCUGAACUUAAACAUAAAAUCACAAAUUUAGAAUAUGAUAUAAAGGAUGCUAUGGAGCAACGUUACAUGAAAUUUAAUGUCGUAUCCCGUGAUGCUGCUUCAUUAUUAGACACUGCCCAGACAUAUUCCAACCAAAUUAAUAAUUUAAUUUCACGAAUUGAAAACCAAACCAAGCGAGAAGUUGUUGAUGCUGUAGGUGAUUUGAAGAUGUUUAAAUGUUCAUUAGAAGAAAGCAAGUUUAGCUUAAGUAUUAUUGAACAAGUUCUUCUUGUAUGCAUGAAUCUCACAAACGAUAGUCAGACCAAAUUAUUAUUAAUUGAUAAAAUAAAAAAUUUACAAACUGCUAAAGAAAUUUUGACCAAUAAUGAAAAUCUGUCUAAAUUAAAUUGUUAUAAGCAUUUAAUGCGUGAACAUAUGAGACUUACAGAUGUUUUACAUUCCCAUUGUAUAUCAACAUGGAGAAAUCAAAUUGAAUGGAUAGAAAAUAAUGAUGAUGCACCAGAUUCUUGUAAAAUUACAUUAAAGAUUACAGGCAAUGAAGAAGAAUUUCAAGAUACUAUUUAUGCCUUGCGAUAUUUUGAUGCUUUAAAUGCUGAAAUAAAAUCAUUUGGCAAUAAGCUUCUUGAACUAGUAAUUAAACCUAUUAUUGUUCAUAAUUAUGAGAUUUCUAUUACACGAACCAUUCAUUAUUCUUCAUUAAGUUUGAAAGUUUCUCAGCAAGAUGAUGGAUUUCUAUUUACAAUUAUAAAGAAACUUAAAAAAGUAUUCGAGUUUUUAAAGACAAUGCUUCCAUCUGAUAUUGAUAAAAUUAAACUUAUGCCUUAUUUAGGAUCUUAUAUAAAUCAACCAUUUUGUAAUGUUUUCAACAAUGUUGCAUUAUUUAAUGCUAUACCUACCAAAUAUAAUCUACUUGAAGAUUUCCAAGAAGAAUUGAAGGAAGUCUAUGAGUUUAAUAAUUAUCUAAAUAAAUUAGGAUUAUUUGAAGAAAUAAAUAAUGACUUGAUAAAGAAUUUAGAAAAUAUGGAUAAUAUUUUUUUCAAUAAAAUUAGUCAAAUGUAUUAUGAUAAAGCUCGAUACAUUAUUAAAAAAGAUUUGCAUGACCUUAUUGAAGUUAACAAUGAAAGUCGCUGGGAAUCUUCCAAAGAUAGCAGAGAUGAUAAUGGAUUUUGUCAAAAAAUGUUUGCCUAUCCUCAAAGCAAAGUGAGUAAAUCUUUACUAGAAUUUCUAAGCCUUAUAGAGACUAUUACAUCUGAAAUGUCAAGUAUAUCAGAAAGCAGUGCUUGGCGUUUUCAUGAUAUUCUUAAUAAUAUUACAAUUAUGUAUUGUGACAUGAUACCCCUUCUACAUUGUAAAACAUUAGAACUGCACCCUCAACAAUCAGCUAUUCUUUACAAUAACAUUAUGUAUUUUACACGUAAGCUAGCAGAAAUGAGUCCAAUUUAUAAAAAUCUUCUAAUUGUUCAUUUACUUGAGAAGUUGAAAAAUUUAGCUAGUGAAAUAUUGCACACUCAAUGUAAGCAUCAUAUAAGUUUGAUGGAAAAAACUGUUGGUAAAUCAGAUCUUCUUUUAAUGGCAGUUAAUACAAAUUUAAGUUAUUCCGUGGAAAAAAGUGUUGGUGAUUGUUACAAUAUUCUUUUACUUUUAAGUAGUUUAUGGAAAAAUAUUUUGCCAUCAACUGUAUAUUGUAAAUUUAUGGGAUACUCCUGUAAUGGUCUGUUUGAAUGUAUAAUCAAUGAAAUGUUUACUUUACUAGAUAUCUCGGCUACAUCAGCUGAACAAUAUUCAUCAAUAUUUACUAAAAUAAUAAAAGAUAUACCAAAUUUAUUUCCAGAACCAAAAGAAGUACACAGGUAUGUACCUAAGUGGUGGCAGCUGAAUGAAUUAGUUUUUGUUUUAAGUUCAAGUAUGAAAGAUAUUGAAAACCGCUGGGCAGAUGGAAAAGGUCCUUUAGCAAUUGAAUUGAGUGCUGAACAAAUUAAAAUCUUACUAAAAGCAUUAUUUCAAAAUACCGAUAGAAGAGCGGCAUUAUUAAAACAUAUUAUGGCAACGACAAAAUCCUAAAAUAUUAGUUUUUGUUUUAAACUUUUAAAUAAGUUGCUAUUAUUAAGUUAUGUUUUUGCAUUUAUAGCUUUAACUAUAUUUGAGAUAAAUAAAUAAUUUAUACUUGGAUUUUUAUUAAAAUAUUAAAAAAUUUUAAUAUUCCAUAGAAUUAUUAAAUAUUUUUACUGCAUUUUAUUGUAAAUUAUAUUUUUAUUAUUAAAAUAUUUCAAUUAAUUAAUUUUUUAAUUGUAUUCAAAAUGUUUUAUAUUUCAGUUGGUUUUGAUUUC